AUCACGUUUUUCAAAGAGUAACUGUCCUCAGUGCCACCCAAUGUCACGUAAGGUGCAAAGAUAACUGCUUGUGCGUAUCCAUGAAUUACUUUUCCUCAGUCCAAAGAAAACAACUGCGAGCUUAAUGACGCAAACAGAGAGAUGGUGCCAGCGGCAAUAAAAUGGAGACCAGGAGGAAAUUACUAUGAUUUGGUGAGAAGUUACACGGUGAAGGGUGGAGACAAAUACAUUCCAGGAAAACAUCACUGUGUAAACAGAUGUUGCCACUCCAAUCCUUGUCUGAAUGGAGGGGUGUGUCAGGAGCUAUGUGACACUUUCAGUCCCAGGUUUAACUGUACCUGUCCUGGCUCAUAUUCUGGUCAGCGAUGCGAAAAGAUAAAACGGCCAAGGAGUUGCAAGGACAUUGCUAGCAACGGUGCCUUGAUAUCCGGGAAGUACGACAUAUUUAAUUCUGCAAACGAAUCUAUUCCCGUUCAUUGUGAUUUGAAAUCGGAAGUUGGCUUUAAAUGGGCCUUGAUCCAGUCGUUUUCCUUAGCUAACAAAGAUACAUUCAAGAGAGUAGAUUUCGGCCGAGAUUAUUCCGUGAAUGAAACUAAAAGUAAAAUAGACUGGAAUUCAUACCUCCUGUCCUUAUCUUGGAUGCAGUCCCUCGCCGAUCAUUCGACACAUCUGCGAACGACCUGUAACUUCGUCAAGGAUGGUCUCCAGUACACGGAUUACGCACGCGCUAAGCUGGUAGGUCAGGACAUAUUUGGUAGAUGGGACUCAGUGUGCAGAAUGUAUGAGUACAUAAAUAUCCGUGGAAAUAACUGCUCCGAUUGCACUGCGAUGACGAAACAAAAUUACAACGAACCUUGGACUAUAAAGAGUCGCUCUAAGGACUGUACAUUUGAUGGAUAUUCAGGCUCAACACAAAACGAAAACAAUUUUGGACGGUAUCAUGACUGGGGUGUAAACAUCAAUCACCGCUGCACAUCUUCCCCUGCUUCAACUACGCAGCAUUGGUUUGGAGCUAAACACAAUUCAUAACAUUACUUUAGUUUGUAAUGCAGGAGUUUGGUGAGUUAAGUGAAAUAGGUGUUGAUUGAUCGUUUCAUCUUUUUUUCGCCAUAGUUUUUAUAAGAUAAUCUGGGAAUUGUAUAUUCUCCUUCUCUGAAAUUAUUAUCAAGUUGGUUGGUUGGAACAGAAUAUCUUAAGUUUCAAUUUCAUGUGCAAAAUUUUGUGUUUGCUUCUUAUUCUCCCAAUGAGACAAUAUGGUGGAACAGUAGAGACGUAGUGAAUAGAGCGUUCGCCUCUCGUCCCUAUAUAUAAGUAUCCAUUCCUGGACCUGCUGUCGUAACAUUUAAGUCUAGUUUGCCUGCAUCGUGUUUCUUAAUGAUCAAUCUUGUAAAAAGAAAAUUGUGUUCCCCUCGUUGCUGAUCGGUCUUUACGAAACGUGUAGCAUAAUUCUUAAGUAACGCUUUCGAUGACGUAACCUUAAAUGUG